AUGCGCUUCUCCAUCCCAUAUCGCGAGACUCCUCAUGAACCAAUUCUUGGCGCUCCCACCGCAAGAGCAAACUUUUGUGAAGAAGACUACAUUAUUUCAGGUCUAGUCGCCGAGUUUAUUAAUACGAUUACCAACAUAAUAUAUGUCAUAUAUGCCCUGCGUCAUCUCUCACGCCGCCCAACAAAAGACGGCACCCUUGCUGCUAAAGCGCCGUUUUACGGGCUAGCCCUUGUUGGCAUAUGCUCUGCCUUGUUCCAUGGGACACUGAAGUUCCACGCUCAAAUGGGCGAUGACCUUUCCAUGCUUGUAGCUUCGUCUUGUGUUUUGUAUCGCGCAAUGACAUUUGACCGGACAUGGCCCGAGAUAAAGACGUUCACAGUGGUGCUAGUUGUCAGUCUUGCCACCGUAAUCGUCUACCAUGUGGCCACGGAUGAGCAGGUCGUGCAUGAACUAGCAUUUGUCCUGCUCAUCUUCCUUGUUGGUCUGCGCACCAGAUCACUUAUUAAGACACGGGUCAAGAGCGAAAGCCAGCAGGCUACGCUUCGUCGGAACACUCUCUUUGGGGCAGCUUGCUUUGCAAUAGGAUAUUUUUUGUGGCAGUUGGAUCUGCGGUAUUGCUCUCAAUUGACGAGGUACAAACGACAAGUUGGUAUGCCGUGGAGCUUCUUGCUCGAGUUUCAUGGCUAUUGGCAUGUGUUGACUGCCAUUGGCGCAUGCACCUUCAUGGUCAUGGUUGAGGACUUGACAAAUGAAGACAAGGCCAAAGAUCGCAAGAAGAAUUGA